AGAAGUUUCGUGUAGUUGAAGAGGAGCGCUAGCGUGUGAUAUUUGAAAAUAUUUCUUAUCUAGUCAUGGAUUCGCAGGCAUCUUCGUCGAGAUCGGCAUCGUCACCUACUAGUACCUUUGCUUUCUUCCCUCCAAUAUUGCCUGGAUACAUACACCCCCUUUCGCCGCCUCGAGUGCCUUCACCACCAUCGAGCGGCGGGAAAGACAAGCCGAAAUGUAUCAAGUUCGACUUGUCAAUGGAUCUGAUCCUUCUCCGGCAGCUGAGAGGUGGCACCAAUCCGUUUCUUCGUGGAUCCCCAGGUUACGAGGAAGCAGCUUUGGCCCUCGACUCCUUGGGCGACCCAAGAUUUGCUGGGAUCACCAAGAAAGGAUCCCGAGAUCGAACGCUGCUGAUGCUAGAGGCGCACCAGAAAGGCGACCUAUGGAAGAAGAAGCAAUCAGGGUCUGACGAGGAAUUCACAGAGAAAGUAGCACUGAUGACUGAGCUGGCUGACUUGAAAUACGAGGCUAGCGAAAAGUCUGCUGCCAAACAAGUAGCCCCAGCCGCAGACCGUCAGGCGGCCCUGCUCCUCAGAGAUGAGGCAACUUCCACGCUUGGGCCGGUGAAGCGUAAGAGCGAGAAAAGCGACGAUGCCACCGGCAUGAACCCGAAAAGCAAAAAGCAGGAUGCUCCAAAAGCCAGUGCCUGUGAGGUGGUGGUGGGUUACCUGGAGGAAAAAUCGAAGGUGGAGCUCGAGGAGACGCAGCGCCGCCGAGAGUUGGAAGAGAGACGUGUGGCGGUGGACGAGAAACGUCUUCAAGAAGAGUUUAGUGACGAGUCGAAGGAGAUCGAGAGGAGGAAGAUGGCGUUAGAGGAACAGAGAUUGGAAGCACAGAAGGAGAAGGAGCGAGGUGAGAGAGAAGAAGCCCGAGCUGAAAGGGCGGCUCGGCAGAAGCGAGAAGACGCUGACAGAGCAGAGGCGAAGGCGGACCGGGAAGCACGGGAGAAGCGUGAUGGUGCCAUGAUGGAAUUGUUAUCGAAGUUGGUGGCGAAACAAGCCAACUACAUGUAACUGCAUUGAGGGAUGCAGGCCACGGUUUUCUUUACGCACCCGACUUCCACUCAUCGAAUUCUGUUCUUCCUUAUUGUGGCCCCGUAGUUGAUAGAAACACCUAAAUGAGUGCUGUAUGCUACAGACAUAUAUAUGAACCAUUGUUGCUCCUUUCUGUUAGCCUGCUAUGGCAAUACCACUUACUCUAGGGUUUCAGUUUCACGCAUGCUGUUCUAGAGUUGAUACUCUCCGCUGUGGCUUUAGGCAAUCAUGUGAUCCGUCUUAUUCAUGAUCUUUCGCGCACGUUCAUGUGUGGCACGUGCUUACAUUCUGCGUUUGUUCUAGUAAGUUCUAAACAUUCUUGUGGACCCGAUUUACCUACAACCUCUGCUGGUGGUAUCUUCUCUCCGCGUUACUUUGGUCUCACUGAAUACGAGAAAGAAAGUACAGCUGUUCUGUAUUCGUGUCCUGGGAGACAUCCUGAAUUUCAGUUGCUCUUUGUGGUACAGUCUUCUUGUUCAAGUAUACUGUUUGUUCGAAAGUCAACCAUCAACCUGCUUAUUCUUUUUUCAACAGGUUUUCUCUCGUUCCGUAUUACGAGUACCCUUUCGUGAAUAUAUGCCACCAAUCCAUGA